AUGUCGUCCUUUACUAUUCAAGUCCUUAACGAAAGUAACAACAACCAAGUCUACUAUCUCUUCUACAAGCCCUUCUCGGGUGUUGGAUAUACACCUCUUGCAUGCGUCACUCAGAAAUCAGCAACGAUUACAAACACAAAAACCGCCACAUUUACCAUCAAUUUGCCGACUGCUGUCGUCUACGGCGCCAGCCACAAUCAGCCGCUGGGCUCCGGGGUGAACGUCAGCAUCCAAGAGUCUACAGUUAUAAAGCCCCCGGAGGUGGUACCCGUAAGCCUCCAGAACAACAACCCUUACUUCCCCCCGCCCAAGCAAGAGACGUCGGCAGGUAACUGGGCAACAAUAUCGACACAAGAGUAUAAAACGGAUCCUAACGCACAUGUGUUUUGCGGCCUGGGGGUCGUCAGCCACGGCUCAGAAGAGAUUAUCCCCAGCUGCGUCUGGGAGAUACAGCCGAAAUCAACCUAUCCCAUCCCUAACCCCCCGCAGCAGCCGGUGUUUUACAUCUCUAACGAUGCAUCUUUGGAUGUUGGGGCUAUCACCGCGAAGACGUCUGCGGAUGCUACUGUUGAUUUCACAGGCACGGGAGAUAACUUUUGUCUGGUCACGCAGCUCAGUAACAAUACUUUCAAGGUGGAUCCUCCAUCUGACCUUAAGCAACAGAGGGCGUUGGGUCGUGGUACGCGGGGAAUUUGA